CAGGUCCUCCUCUCCUCCUACAUCCUCGCCAUGGCCUCCGCAACAGCACCAGUACCUCAAGCAACGCGCUUGAACUCGAACACGGCCUUCAAUGACAAGGGCAAACCCAUGGAAGUGCGUUUGUCGAAUAUGGUCGCAGCAAAAGCUAUCAGCGAUGCGGUCAGAACAUCGCUGGGCCCGAGGGGUAUGGACAAGAUGAUCCAAACGCCGAAGGGAGAGCUCAUCAUCACCAACGACGGCGCCACCAUUCUGAAAAGUAUCCAGGCUUUGCAUCCCGCGGCAAAGAUGCUCGUCGACCUCUCGGCAGCACAGGAUGUCGAGGCGGGAGACGGUACAACAUCUGUUGUGGUCCUUGCAGGAAGCUUUCUCGGCGCUGCGGAGAAGAUGCUGCAAAAGGGCAUGCAUCCGACGAUCAUUGCCGAGUCUUUUCUGAAAGCCUCUGCGAAGGCUGUGGAAUAUUUGACAGAAAUAUCAAUGCCCAUCGACCUCUCUGACAAAUCGUCACUCCUUCGCGCGGCAACCACCUCCUUGAAUUCCAAGGCGAAUGUGUCUCAAUACUCUUCCACUCUCGCGCCCAUCGCUGUGCAAGCAGUGACGCGUCUGGUGACUCCGACAUCGUCCAAUGUUGACCUGAGAGAUAUCCGCGUUGUCAAGAAGGUUGGUGGCACGAUCGAAGAUACGGAGUUGGUCGAUGGUGUCGUAUUGAACCAAAACGUGGUCGUCGCCGCCGGAGGCCCAACACGCAUAGAGAAGGCGAAGAUUGGUAUAAUCCAAUUCCAGCUCAGCGCACCAAAACCAGAUAUGGACAACACCGUCGUCAUCAACGACUAUCGGCAAAUGGACAAAGUGAUCAAGGAGGGCAGACAAUACCUGCUCAAUAUUUGCAAGAAGAUCAAGAAGGCCAACUGCAACGUUCUCCUCAUCCAGAACGGACGAGAUGAGUUCCUCUCCAAGAGCAUCGGGUGCAAGCCCGAAAGCUCGGAUAGCGACCUCGUCGAGGAGAAGCACCAUGCCGGCGCGAAGGUCGUGCGCAUCACAGGCGUCAAGAACCGUGGGCGCACGGUCAGCGUGCUCGCGAUGGGCAGCAACAACCUCGUCCUGGAGGAGUGCGAGCGCAGUCUCCACGACGCGCUCUGCGUCGUCCGGUGCCUCGUCAAGAAGCGUGCGCUCAUUGCAGGUGGUGGCGCACCGGAGAUCACGUCUCCGACUGCUCUCGCAGUACGCCAGUCCCUGAAGGGCAUGGAGGCGUACUGCUUCCAGGCGUAUGCGGACGCGCUCGAGGUCAUCCCCACGACGUUGGCCGAGAAUGCUGGUCUCAACCCCAUCGCCAUUGUCACGGAGCUCCGGAACAGGCACGCCAUGGGCGAGCGCAACGCAGGCAUCAACGUCCGCAAAGGCCUCAUCUCUAACAUUCUGGAGGAGGACGUCGUUCAGCCUCUGCUUGUCUCGACCAGUGCAGUGGAGCUCGCGACCGAAACCGUGUGCCUCUUGCUCAAGAUAGACGACUACGUCCAGUCCCGAUGAUCCGAAGUGUAGUAGGAAGUGUAAUGCACAUCUCAUUGUAAUACAGCAGUGUAAUCAAACAUCUCGAUAGUAA